AUGCCCCAAUCAACCCUCUCAACGCGCGCCCAAACAGUCGUUUCCAACGAAUCAACCAACCCAUUUUACGAAAUCGCCAAAGACUCAUGGCACCCAGAAACCAACCCUAAUGGCUACAUAAACGUCGGCGUAGCCGAAAACACCCUAAUGCACACCUCCUUCCUGGAGCACAUAAACAAACCCCUGACCCUGCCAGCACAAUACCUGACCUACAACGAAGGCGGGUCAGGCUCAACACGACUAAAAAAGGCCAUUGCGGGAUUCCUGAACAAACACCUCAAGCCAGUAAUUCCAUUACAGGCAGAGCACCUCUUACCCACCAACGGCGUCUCCUCGGCCCUCGAGCAUAUCUCCUGGUCAUUCGCCGAUUCAGGCGAAGGCAUUCUCCUCGGAAGACCCUACUACGGGAUGUUCAUUCCCGAUCUAUCACUACGAUCCGGGUCCGUGGUGGUGCCCGUUUCCUUCGACGACAUCGACCCGCUGGCAAUCGACGCCGUGGGCAAAUACGAACAGGCCAUUCUUGAAUUCCAGCGCACGACGCAAAAGCGCGUCAGGGUGCUCAUGCUGUGUCAUCCGCAUAACCCGCUCGGAAGAUGUUAUCCGCGGAGCGUGCUGGUCGGCUUGAUGCGGUUGUGUCAGCGGUAUCAGAUCCACUUCGUGAGUGAUGAGAUCUAUGCGCUGUCGACGUUUGAGAACACGGUGGAUGGGGGGCGGCCGCCGGCUGUGCCGUUUGAAUCUGCUUUGUCGGUGGAUUUGGAGGGUGUUAUUGAUCCCGGUCUUGUGCAUGUGCUUUGGGGCAUGAGUAAGGAUUUUGGCGCGAAUGGUGUUCGCAUUGGGGUGAUUAUUUCCCAGGCUAAUCCCGAUGUUCAUUUGGCUUUGGCCGGGAGUACGCUUUAUUCUUCUGUUUCUGGGCCUGUCGAUCAUCUGACUUCGGUUAUGCUGGAGGAUUUCGAGUUUACCGAUUGGUAUAUUAAGCGGAAUCAGGAGUUGUUGGGUGAGACUUAUGCCUAUACGACGAGGUUUUUGAGAGAUAAUGGGAUUGAGUAUGCGACCGGGUGUAAUGCGGCUUUCUUUGUUUGGAUGGAUCUGGGGAAAAGAUUCCGUGCAUUGCAUCCGGAGGAAAGCGAGGGUGGGGAUGUUGGGGAGAAGGUUAUGCAGCGGCUCUUGGGGAAGAAGGUCUUUUUGGCUAGUGGGGCGCUUUUUGGGUCUGAGAGAGAUGGGUGGUUUCGAAUUGUCUUUACGCAGGGGUACGAGGUUUUGAAUGUGGCUUUGGAGAGGAUUGUUGCCGCUCUCGAGGGGUGA